CGGCGGCGGCGGGAGCAGCGGGAGCGACGGCUGCCCGGCCCCGCGCCGCUGGAGGGUCGAGCAGCUGCCGCGAUGGAUCAGCUAUCAGAUGAAGAAAUUGACCAUGGAGCUGAAGAAGACAGUGAUAAGGAAGAUCAGGACCUGGACAAAAUGUUUGGAGCCUGGCUAGGGGAGCUGGACAAACUCACUCAGAGUUUGGAUUCUGAUAAGCCCAUGGAACCAGUAAAAAGAUCUCCUCUUCGUCAGGAAACAAAUAUGGCCAAUUUUUCUUAUCGAUUCUCCAUAUACAACUUGAAUGAAGCUCUGAAUCAGGGAGAAACUGUGGAUCUGGAUGCCCUGAUGGCCGAUCUUUGCUCCAUAGAGCAGGAGCUCAGCAGUAUUGGUGCAGGAAGUAGUAAGCGUCAAAUCACAGAAACAAAAGCCACUCAGAAACUACCUGCUAGCCGACAUACAUCAAAACAUGGCACUUUGAAAGGAUUGUCUUCUUCAUCUAACAGGAUAACGAAACCAUCACAUGCCAACUACUCCCUGGAUGACAUCACUGCACAGUUAGAACAGGCUUCCUUGAGCAUGGAUGAGGCUGCUCAGCAGUCUGUACUAGAAGAUACUAAGCCCUCAGUAGCUAGCCAGCACAGAAGAACAGCGUCGGCAGGCACAGUGAGCGACGCCGAAGUGCGCUCUAUGAGCAACUCCUCUCGCUCCAGCAUCACCUCCGCGACCUCCAGCAUGGACUCUUUGGAUAUUGAUAAAGUAACACGCCCUCAAGAGCUGAAUUUGACAAAUCAGGGGCAGCCAAUUACCGAGCAUGCUAUCUCUCUGAGAUGUUCCAGCAAGCAGGCCAAGCAUCAUAUUGACUUCACAGAAGAACAGGCUGAGCUGACACCUCACUCCUAUCUGGACAGGGAAACCUCCCUUCUUCUGAGAAACAUUGCAGGAAAACCUUCUCAUUUGCUGACCAAGGAAGAACAGGCCGCAAAAUUGAAAGCUGAGAAGAUCAGAGUUGCCCUGGAGAAGAUUAAAGAGGCACAAGUGAAAAAGUUGGUGAUUAGAGUCCACAUGUCUGACGAUAGUUCUAAAACAAUGAUGGUGGAUGAGAGGCAGACAGUGAGACAAGUGCUGGAUAACCUAAUGGACAAAUCCCACUGCGGUUAUAGUUUAGACUGGUCGCUGGUAGAAACCAUCUCUGAAUUACAAAUGGAGAGAAUCUUUGAAGACCAUGAAAACUUGGUUGAAAAUCUUCUUAAUUGGACAAGAGAUAGCCAGAACAAGCUUAUAUUUAUGGAACGUAUAGAAAAAUAUGCACUUUUCAAGAACCCACAGAAUUAUCUUCUGGGGAAAAAGGAAACUGCUGAGAUGGCAGAUAGAAACAAAGAAGUGCUGUUGGAGGAAUGUUUUUGUGGAAGUUCUGUAACUGUGCCAGAAAUUGAAGGAGUCCUGUGGUUGAAAGAUGAUGGCAAAAAGUCCUGGAAAAAGCGUUAUUUUCUCUUGCGAGCAUCUGGUAUCUACUAUGUCCCUAAAGGAAAAGCAAAGGUCUCUCGGGAACUGGUGUGCUUUCUCCAGCUGGAUCAUGUCAAUGUUUAUUACGGACAGGAUUACAGGAACAAAUACAAAGCACCUACAGAUCAUUGUCUGGUGCUCAAGCACCCACAGAUCCAGAAGAAAUCUCAGUAUAUCAAGUACCUUUGCUGUGAUGACAUGAGGACCCUGCAUCAGUGGGUCAAUGGUAUCCGCAUUGCAAAGUACGGGAAACAGCUCUACAUGAACUAUCAAGACGCCUUGAAGAGGACAGAGUCAGCUUAUGAUUGGACUUCCUUAUCCAGCUCCAGCAUUAAAUCAGGAUCCAGUUCUUCGAGCAUCCCAGAGUCUCAGUCAAAUCAUUCUAACCAGUCUGACAGUGGAGUAUCUGAUACUCAGCCAGCGGGACACGUCCGCUCUCAGAGUAUUGUGAGCUCCAUCUUCUCUGAAGCCUGGAAACGUGGUACUCAGUUGGAAGAAUCCAGCAAGGUCCGAGUGGAGUCUGUGAACCGACCCUACACCUCACUUAUGCCCCCUUUAUCCCCACAGCCCAAGCUGGUCACCCCGUACACUGCCUCACAGCCUUCCCCCCCUCUGCCGCCCCCGCCUCCGCCCCCUCCCCCACCCCCGCCUCCUCCCCCGCCCCCUCCCCCUCCUCUGCCCAGCCAGUCUGCACCUUCUGCUGGCUCGGCAGCCACCAUGUUCGUCAAGUACAGCACAAUAACCAGGCUGCAGAACGCUUCUCAGCACUCAGGACCCCUGUUCAAGCCUCCAGCACCCGCAGUGAUGCAGUCUCUGACGUCCACCUCCCAGGCAGGAAAGCCUCAGAUCCUGGUGCCCCCCAAUGGAGUCGUUCCCCCGCCCCCUCCUCCGCCCCCGCCCCCCACCCCAGGCUCAGCCAUGGCGCAGCUCAAACCCGCACCCUGCACCCCAUCCCUCCCGCAGUUCAGCCCCCCGCCCCCUCCACUGAAGAUUCAUCACGUUCAGCAUGCCGCCCAGGCGGCCCCUCCGACACCGCCACCACCGCCUCCUGUCCCCGCACCCCUCCCUCCCCAAGCGCCCCCCAAGCCCCUUGUGACCGUGCCCCUACCAACCAGCACCAAGCCCGUGCCACCUGCUAUGACACAAGCGGUGCCACCCGCGCCUACUCCUCCAGCUCCCCCAGCAAAAAAGCAGCCCGCUUUCCCUGUCCCCCACGGUCCCCCCUCUUCCCCUGCUCCUCCUGCGCCAGUCCCCCCGCCGACACUGCCGAAGCAGCAGAGCUUCUGUGUAAAGCCACCUCCGUCCCCGCUGUCGCCGGUUCCCUCGGUCGUGAAGCAGAUCGCCAGCCAGUUUCCGCCCCCUCCGGCCCCUCCCCCUGCGGAGCAGCCCUUCAAGCCUCCCUCGGCGAAUGUGGCCCCACAGUCCCCUCCUGCUGUAAAAGCAAAACCCAAGUGGCAGCCCAGCUCUAUCCCUGUCCCCUCUCCGGACUUCCCUCCUCCUCCACCUGAGAGCAGCCUGGUGUUUCCUCCUCCCCCUCCCCCUCCCCCUCCUCCUCCGCCCCCGCCCCCGCCCCCACCCGCCCCUGCUCCAGCCCCAGCCCCUCUGCCUCUGACAGCCACACCCCCGGCUUCUGCCUCUGACAAAAGUGGAUCUCCAGGGAAGAAGACCAGUAAGACAUCCAGCCCCGGGGCAAAGAAACCUCCCCCGACCCCACAGCGAAACUCCAGCAUGAAGUCGAGCAGUUGCGCAGAGCACCCUGAGCCCAAGAGACCCUCCGUGGACAGUCUAGUGAGCAAGUUCGCAUCGCCGGCGGAACCCUCGGGGUCCCCCAGCAGAGAGACCCAGUCGCCUCCGGCAGCGCCCCCCAAACCCGGAAAACUAAAUCUUUCCGGAGUGAACCUUCCCGGAAUUCUGCAGCAAGGGUGUGCGUCGGCCAAAGCGUCGGUCCUGAGUGGCCGUGGAAAGGGCUCUGCGGUCGAGUUCCCUUCUCCGCCGUCCGAUUCGGACUUUCCCCCGCCUCCGCCUGAAAUAGAGCUUCCUCCGCCCCCCAUAGAGAUUCCAGCCGUCUUCGCGGGAAACACCUCGCCGAAAGUGGCCGUCGUCAAUCCUCAGCCACAGCCGUGGUCCAAAACAUCGACGAAGAGAGCCCCUCCGCCCACACGACCCAAGCGGAACGACAGCACCCGCCUCACCCAAGCAGAGAUCUCGGAGCAGCCCGCGACGGCCGCCGUCGUGCCUCAAGUGCCCACCUCCCCCAAGUCCAGCCUUAGUGUCCAGCCCGGAUUCCUCGCCGACCUCAACAGGACGCUGCAGCGGAAGUCCGUCACCCGGCACGGCUCGCUCUCCUCCGCCCGCACGUCCAGAGCAGAGCCCACGGCCACCAUGGACGACAUGGCAUUGCCGCCGCCGCCCCCGGAGCUGCUUUCUGAGCCGCAGAAGGCCGGCUUCGGAGGUGGCCACAUAGCGGGCUAUGCAACGUUGCGGAGAGGCCCCCCUCCCGCUCCCCCCAAAAGAGACCAGAGCACCAAGCUCUCGAGAGACUGGUAGCGGCUACCGCCGGACUUUGUUUUCAUGGUGUCUGUAACCAGUUCUACAAUCAGCUCCCCUGACCGCCUGUGAUUCUGGUGUUCAGAGCCUCCUAGUAUGAUGAUGUGGUCAUUCAGGUAGAACCCAGCUGUACGUGUGUGUACGUGUGCGUGGACACACAUAGCUCCGCGCAUAUAGGUAGUGUGCGUAUGUAUAUGUACGUGUAUGUAUACAUAUAUGUAUGUGUAUGGAUAGCUCCGAGUGAGUCUAUUUAUUCGUUCACCUCCUCAUCUGAAAAUGGCUUGUGUAUCUUGGGUGGAAGAGGCGUGGAAGCAGAUGCGUGUCCUGUCCCUUAACGAUCUCUGUGGUGGAUCACGUGGAUUGGACCGAAAACUCCCAGUGACGGGCUUGGAAGGCACUUGGAAGUGUCCACGCGCGGCCUGUCGGUGCAGGCCGUGUGCUCCAUAUUGCGGAGUAGGCGUGCGGCGUGCGGGUUCUCCGCUGGAGAAGACCACGGGAUGGUCGGUGCAUCGGUGGGGCUUCGUGUCUGUUUCUCCCCAGUCGGCUGAAGGUCGAACCGCUCGGCUGGCACGUGCUCCCUCGCACGCGAGAGGCACUCCACGUCGGGGAGCGGGCAGCAGCCCGGGGGGGGGGGGGGGGGCCGGGCUGUGCGGGCAGUUUGCACACCUGCCGCGUCUGUCCGCGCUCGCGCGUGGGGAGGAGACGCCCGCGUGCCCGAACCAUUCUAGUCGCAGGAGCGCCGCCCUCAUCCCGCCUGUCUAGGCUGUGCUCUGGCACAGGGAAGCUUUUUGUCGGCAAUACAUGGGUAAUUCAGUACUGUAACCCCGGGUAGUUCUUUUUAUACUGUUGGACUCUUUUCCCUGAGCUUUGCGAAGCCUCGAGUUUGGCUUCGUGAUCCUUUUGUUUUGAUUUUGUCGUCCGAGAGUAUCUGCCGCGGUACCCCUGGAAUGCUCCGCCCCGCUCUGUCUUUGGUCCCCGGUUAUCUUGUGUGUGCUUUAGGUAGACGUGGAUAGUAGAGAUCUGUAGACAGUUGCUAUUUCAAGUAUACAUAUCCCAUGUCCAAUACAGUGCAUCAUGACAAAAAACAAAAUUAGCUUCUGAAUUAAGUCUUGUGUGUGUGUUGCUCUAGGGUGGGUGAUUAGGAAAGAACAGAACGGCCCCCUGUGUGGGUAUCAUUAGGUUGUGUGUGGACUGUGAUGUGCAACGAAGAAUUCACUGAAGUGUGGGACUAUCCCAGAGGGCGGGGGAGCGGGGAAGCGUUAGACCGGUUCAUCCCUAGCCGCUGGCGCGCACUAGGACUCUUGCUUGCUUGGCCUGGCGGUGGAGAUCCGUGCGGGCUCCCAGGGGUUCUGCUGGAGGAGUGUAGUCCGGGUACAGUGAGUGGCAUUACGUAUCAUGCAUGUGCAGGUUGGUAUGACAUGAAAUCAUUAAUGACACACUACAAUCCUGUAUGCUUCACACUACGCUUAAUGCCUUUUUUUUUUUUUUUUUUGUCCUGUGAAUUUUCCUUGGUAUACUAGAGAAAUGUGUACUGUCUCAUCUGUUUACGAUGAAGUGACCAUUACAAAUAAACGCAAUCUCAGAGCUGCUCUGAAACAACAACGAGCCAUCCCAGCAGGGACGCAGGAGCACAUCUUGCAGUGACACGCUCUGCCUGUCGUGAAUAAGGGUUUCCAUUGCAAACUGCAAAAAUCUUUGACGUUGUCCCAUAAGGAAAGUGAUGUCAGUGCAGUGGGGCGAGUUAGUGACUAGUUGAAGAGUAAGCAGAAGUUGUACUAUAUACACAAGAUACUGCUGUAAACCCACCUCCAAAAAAGGAUUGCAUCACAGAAUUCGAAGUGCACCUCUCCGUUCCUAGAUCUCUAGGACACUGUUAGCAGUUCACGUGUUCUGGAGCAAUAAGAACAUGUACCAUUGUGCGUUUUUUAAAGCCCUACUUCUUUAGAAGAUACUUUUUGGAUCUUUUCAUCUGUUCUCUUAGUUUCGUCUGCUCGAUAGGUUUAGGAAGUGACCUUUCGCACAUCUGCACCGUUAAUCUCAGCGUGCACAGCGCCCUCAGUCGUGGUUCCGUGCCGGUGGCCAAGCUCUGCGUAACUCCCGAGUGAAAUAAUUGCCCACAGUUCUGCCUGCAGCUUUGAGAAAUGAACAGCAUGUUGAGGGCAGUGCAAACAGGUGCCUGUUUCAGCUAGUGACUUGGUUAAUUAGUGACACCCCUAACUUCCACCACAGAUCGUUUCAAAAUUGGUGAUCGCCCUGUGCUUAGUUUGGGUACCGACUCUGAAGGGCAGCAGAGCCUGUUUUGUUAACAGAUCUCACGGGUUCUAGGUAAGAAUAUAAAAGCUAGAUUUUUCUGUACUGAAAUUUUAUUCAGCUUGGAUUUUACUACUCACAUACAUUAUUUCUUUAGCUGCUCUGAUUCCCCCUUAGGAAAGGUAUUCUUAUGAUUUGUAUAGGUACCCACUUAACUGUAAAUUGGAUUUUUUUUAAUUUCCGGGGCUUUUUAAGAUGAGAAAGAUUGGUGACUUCAAAACUACGGGAAACCGUUUUCAUCAGAAAAUGUCAAAGUCGUGUAGAUGUGAGGCUGUGGUACAGCUCCUGCCCACUGACGGCAUCCUCUGAGGGCUGGGAACGAUCAUGGAAGUCCUCUCUAUGAAUGUUGACUUGCCACUAAAAACAAUGCUGAGUUGAUCAAAGUUCAAACAACACUGGGAGGCCAUGAUCCAAUACAGUGACAACUCUGAGAUCAAGAUUAACAGGAGCUGUGCAUCCAGUUAGUUUCAGAAGCUGCUCUUCUGGGAGAGUAUACCAUCGUUAGUGAGCUGGUGUCCAGGAUGUAAGGUGACAACAGAGCCUGGGAAGAAGGUUCAGAUAAUGGUAUGGACCAGUUUUAUUUGACUGUCAAGCCACCAGCAGAGAACCCUUUGUCACCUUUUUUUCCUCAGCUAAAAAUAAUUUCUUACAAACACGAGGUGACUUUAAACAAAAAACCUUUUCCCUGGGUUUUUGGUGUUUUUUUUUUUUCCCUUCCUAUACCUUCAGAGCUAACAUGAUAACUGAUGCAGUGUCUCAGAUUUUAUUCAGGUUUAGACUAGUUAAACCUGUAUGGCCCUGUAGGAUUAUGGGUGUAAUGACUUGCUUUAGGUAAAGUAGGUAUGAUAAUUUGGAUUACACACUUGAGGAGAAGAUGUCUAUUUCUUAAACUCCCUUUUGUUUUUGUUGCCAGUUCCUUUUGGCACUUUUGCUUUUAUACACGUUACAGCAUUUAUACAGGGUUAUCCCUAGUCCUGUAAGAAUAUGUGCUCACUCCCUAAACUGAGAUUUGAUGCACAGAGAGAUGCGAGUACAAUGAAAUAUCCCACUAUCUUUUAAGGUUUAUUUUCCUUUAAAAAUUCGGUAGAACAUUUCUAUACUUUUGCCAGUCUGUCCAUCCAACUAAACAAGUGCUCUAUUCUUACUGUGCCCUUGGAAGGUCUGUAUGUAAAACAAACCUGAAAUUUAGCUGUAGAAUAAAUUUGCUUAAAAAAACAAUGUACUUGAUAAACACAUAAGGGAAAAAACCUCCAAUUCGUUUGCUCUUUGUUGAAGAGAAGACACUAUCUGCUAUAAUCCCCAGUGCCUUGAACUCUCUUGGAGGAAUAGCAUUUAAAAAAAAAAAAAUCCAACAAGUAAACUUUGAGGUGCUAAUGAAAGAAAAGGAAGAGGAGUAUUUGUAGCUUGCGCAGAAAUAGAGAAAGUGUCUGUCUCACAAGAGAUGGCUUCAUCUACCUGAAUGGGGUCUGUCCGCUUUCUACCAAAGACAUUUAGAGAAGUGAGUCGAGUCAGGGUGAUGGCGAAUACUACAUACGAAAAGACGGCGAAGUUCAGAAGUGACCACGUUCAUCACAGAUGGCCGUUAACACCACGCUCUUAACUGUCGAAGCCUCAGCCUCUCCUUAGGCAGAACAUGCUUGCAGCACUUACAGAAAGUCUUUGCAUUUUGGGAACUGUCCAUUGUUUGUCAGAUUUAUUAUAACCUAAUACCAAAAACUGCCGUUUUUCAUGAUUCCUACUUCCUAGAUGUUUUUUUUUUCCUACUUGUAAAUAAUCCCUCCUAGAAAAUAAGCAUUAACUGGAAUGUUUCAAAUGAUUUUGCUUAAUUUUAUCAUUAGCCACCAGUGAACUCCUUUUAUAGAAAUAUACAUUUACAAUAUCAUUAGCUUGUGCUAAAUGUUGUAAAAACAUUGUUUACUGUUUUAAAGGAAAGUUGCACAUAUUUAACUGGGAUUGAUCCUUUUCCCAUUUCUUGAAAAAAAUGGAGUCAAGGCUUACACUGAUCUCUAGGCUGUGGGAGCUUUGCCAUAAAUAGAUACAAUGUAGGAAUAUAGUUUUUUAAAGCAUGAAAAAGAAGGCAAAGGAACUGCAUUAGAACGUACCUGAUAGAGAACAUUAUUCAAGAUUAUGAUGACGCACAGCUCGGUAAAGGUGGAGUCACCAUUUUUCUUUCAGCUUUGUUGCUAUUUUCUUCUGCUUAAAUGUAUGCUCUCAUUUCAUUAUGUGCCUUGCUCCCUGAUUGUGCAAACCUAUACAUAGAUAUAUAGAUAUAUAUAGAUAUAUAUAUAUGAGAGAGAUAUAUUCAGUACUACUGAUGAUGUUUUUUUGUUCUACUGCUGGAUUAAGUUAUUUUCCAAAUUACGAGUUACUGUCGGUGAACUAUUGUAAUGGCUUAGGACAGUAGUCAUACAGUCAGUGUAAAUUUGUUUUCUUUGUGUUUUCAUUAUGUCAGCUUACCCAAUCCUUAAUAAAAGGAAUACAGAGAUUUCAUUUAAACAUGGGGACUUGACUGUUUGUGGAUUGGCAUCAUUAAGAAACUGGGUUUUUUGCUGGUUAUGUUGGGGGGCCCCUAAAGAAGCUGUGCGGUAAGGACAGAUUAAGUGGGACGGUAAAUUUAGCUGCAGUUGGGUCCGCUCAACUGGUUACCCUUUAGUUUGUACCAGCAGAGAAGCAAGCAGGCUUUGGGUAUUUAAGAUUUUCUUCUUUAAAAGAGGGAUGCUUCUUGUUUCAAAGCUCUGGUAUCACUACAAUUACGUGCUGGCCUCCCAUGUCAAGGUACGUGUAAGUGUGUGCAUUAACAACUCACUAUUGUUUGUCAAACAGAAAGGAAAAAAAGCUCUCCUUUUUGUAGCAAAACAACUGUACUGAGAACGCUCAUGUCAAGGUCAAGCACCAGGGAAGGCUUCUCGGCAGUACACUGCCAUUUACCACCUUCGUAACCUCUUUGGUUACUUGCAUAAGAACAUUCACAAGACACUCGGACAUACUUUGUAGAAUUUUAUUUAAGUCAAGUUCUUAGUACACAGCAACAAUUUCAAAUACAAUUUCAAAAUUAAAAAGUGAAGAUUCCCCCCCUCAGCUGGAGGUGGCUUCAUGGCACACACAAGAGCCGUGACUGGCAGCAGCCUGCUCCGUCGAGUCUUCCUGCAGGACUUCUACUCCGCUCGGGACACCAGCCCUCCCUGGAGGAGCUUUAAAAUACAACUGGCCAAAUCACACGUUGUUGUAACAUUCUUUUUUGUAAACCAUCUUAAGAAAAAAGAUGCAAGGACACAAAAUAUGAAAAGCUGCUUUUCCAUAGAAUUCUAAAGUUGCAAAAGACACGUUCAUCGUAAUGUGAAAAUAAGCUUUUCGUUUUUGUGUUUUUUACAAAAUACUGAGCAAGGAUCAUUUGUACACAGCUAGGCCCUAUCGUUUCAUUUGUUAAUUUUUUUUUUUUUAAGAAUUAUGAAAUUCUCAGUAAGAAACAGGAAUAAAGAUCAGCAUCAAGUAGAUGUAAGGUUAUGAGCACAGCGCCUCCGCUUAGGACUGGUGUGAUAAGGCUGUUUGCUGUGCUCCUGCCGGUGCUGAAGUCCGGUCACCUGUUCUGCUACACAGUACUGAGUGGAGUAGUAGAAGGGUUAACGUGAACAUGAUUUUCACUAAUUAAGUUGUGCUUAAUACACUCUUUAAACAGUUUGAAUACUGAUGGUAUUUAUCAAAACAGCAUAUCUUUUCAAGUAUCUUCCUGAAGACAUCAAGUAGCACUCCUAAUUUAAAAAAAAACAAAAAACAAAAACAAAGCCAUACAGCAUAUUCAAU